AUGCGCGUGGGCCAGCCCCCGGUGCCGGAGCACACGGCGGCGCGUAUCGGCGUCCAGCAGAAGCUGGCCGAGGCGCUGAGCAGCCAGUACGGGCUCAACGUGUUCGUGGCGGGGCUCCUACUGCUGCUGGCCUGGGCCGUGCACGCGUCGCGCGUGGGCAAGGGCGACCUGCUGGGCUUCCUGACGGCGCUCAUGCUGCUGCAGCUGGUCUGGAUGCUGUGGUACAUGGGCCGCAGCGCCGCUCAGCGCCGCCUCAUCCGCCCCAAGGACACGCAAGCUGGCGCCCGCUGGCUCCGCGGCAGCAUCACCUUGUUUGCAAUCAUUACCAUCAUCCUGGGAUGCCUUAAAAUUGGGUACUUCGUGGGAUUUUCGGCAUGCUUGUCCGCCACUGAAGCAGUCUUCCCUGUCACACAUGCAGUGCACACUCUCCUGCAGGUCUAUUUCCUCUGGGGGCACGCGAAGGAUGUUAUCCAGUCUUUCAAAACGCUGGAAAGGUUUGGGGUAAUCCACUCGGUGUUCACCAACCUGCUGCUGUGGGCCAACGGUGUCCUCAACGAGUCCAAGCACCAGCUGAAUGAGCACAAGGGCCGCCUUAUCACCCUGGGCUUCGGGAAUGUGACGAUGGUUCUGGAUGACCACACCCCGCAGUGCAACUGCACACCCCAGGCCUUCUGCUCGGCCGUCUCCUCUGGCAUCUACUACCUGUACCCCUUCAACAUUGAGUACCAGAUCCUGGCCUCCACCAUGCUCUAUGUCCUAUGGAAAAACAUCGGCCGUAGGAUGGACAGCCAGCAGCCCCGGCAGAUGCAGUUCAGGUUCCAUGGGGUGGCGGUGGGCUCUGCCCUUGGCCUGGCUGUGCUGGCUGCCACCAUCGCUGUGGUGGUGGCAUACCUGAUUCGGAUUGGGCGCUCUAAGAGCAAGAGCGAGUCGGCGCUCAUCAUGUUCUACCUGUACGCCAUUGCACUGCUGUUGCUCAUGGGGGCUGCGGGGCUGCUAGGCAUCCAGCUCCACCGAAUGGACAACAAGUCGUUGGACGAGUCCAAAAACCCGGCCCGCAAGCUGGACACGGACCUCCUGGUGGGCACAGCCUCCGGUUCCUGGCUCAUCUCCUGGGGCUCCAUCCUGGCCAUUAUCUGUGCUGACACCUGCCCCCCCUACACCUGGUACAACCUGCCCUACUCGGUCCUGGUGAUCGCUGAAAAGUCCAUCCAGAACCUCUUCAUCAUUGAGUCUGUCCACCGGGAGCCCGAAACACUUUCUGAAGACAUCCGAACGCUUCGUGUGGUCACCGUGUGUGGCAGCGACGCCACGCCCUUGCCUGCUGCCUGCCUCCAGAGCAGCCCAGGUGUGGCUGGGGAUCAGGCUCCCCAGGGUGGGCACAGCCCGUGGGUUGCUAACGGCAACACAUGUCUGCCAGAAGCUGGAGGCAAAGAGGAGGAGGAGAGUGGCCAGGCUGAGGCCCUCCACCGAGCCUGCUGCCCCCUCUUGCUGCAGGGCAAUGCCAAGAGGAGCGUCCUGAGGAACGUCACAGCCUUCUUGUUCCUCUGCAACAUUGCGCUCUGGAUCCCCCCCGCCUUCGGCUGCCGGCCUGAAUACGACAACGGCCUGGAGGAGACGGUCUUCGGCUUUGAGCCCUGGAUCAUCGUGGUGAACCUGGCCAUGCCCUUCUCUAUUUUCUACCGCAUGCACGCAGCCGCCUCUCUCUUUGAGGUCUACUGUAAGAUAUAG